AUGCUGUGCAAACAAUCCUUCCUUGCCCUUCUCGCCUCGUCGCUGGUCGCCGGGCUGUCCUACGACAACAUCGACAAGGCUGCUACUCCUCGCGCCAGGGAGCUGCUUCAGUACAUCCAGUCCCAGUACGGCUCGCACUACCUCUCCGGCCAGCAGGACCCCGGCAGUCUGAAAUGGGUGCAGCAGAACUUCGGCGUUACUCCCGCUAUCCUGGGCACCGACCUCAUGUACUACUCGCCUACUGCUGUCGCCAACGGAGGCAAGAGUCAGACGGUUGAGGAUGCUCUCAGUUUUGACGAGCAGGGUGGCAUCAACGCGCUUGUGUGGCAUUGGUACCCCCCGACCUGUGUGCCCGACACCGAGGACAAGCCGUGGUACGACAGCUUCUAUACCAAGUCCACCUGCUUCAACCUUGCAAAUGCAUUUGGCCACGGCUCAAACGGAAGCGCCACUGCAAGCCCCAGUGCAUCGCCAACACCAUCUCCAAGUGCAUCCGCAUCAGCAAGCGCAUCCGCAUCAGCAAGCGCAUCCCCGAGCGCCUCGGCAACCCCCAGCGCAGGGAACGGCAACGAGUACGGACUCCUGAUCCGCGAUAUCGACGCUAUUGCGAAGCAGCUCAAGCGCCUGGCUGACGCCGACGUCCCCGUUCUCUUCCGCCCCCUCCACGAGCCCGAGGGUGCAUGGUUCUGGUGGGGAGCGCAGGGCCCUGCCCCCUUCAAGCAGCUCUGGGACCUGCUCUACGACCGCAUCACCCGCGUGCACAAUAUCCACAACCUCGUGUGGGUGUGCAACACCGCCGAUCCCAACUGGUACCCCGGCAAUGACAAGUGCGACAUUGCCACCGUUGACCACUACGCGGAGGCCGGCGACCAUGGUGUUCUCGAGCGCAAGUACCAGAGCCUGAAGCAGGUUACUCAGGGCGAGCGCGUCCUCGCUCUCGCUGAGGUUGGCUCCAUUCCUGACCCCGAGGAGCAGGCUGAGAAGAACAUCCCUUGGGCUUUCUGGAUGACCUGGAAUGAUGAGUUUAUCAAGGAUGGCAAGCACAACUCGCGGGAAUUCCUGAAGAGUACCUUUGCCAAUCCUCGUGUUGUCACUAUGGGCAAUGGUACCACCAAGCACUGA